GUGGCUCCUCCACCUUGGAUUCGAUCUGGAGGGCAUGGGGACGAGUGAGCCGAUGAGGUGGUGAUGUGAUGGACGAGACUUCCACCUUUGUCCUCCAUGGCAGCGCGGCACGGAAGUGGGUGGUUCGGCGACCGGCGGGCCAUCUUCCUCGUCGUUCCCCAUCUCCUGCAAGCUUCGUUUUGGACAGGAAAUCUGAGUGCUUUGAUCUGUAUAUUUGUAUCACAAAAGAAGGCCUUUUAUCUGACCAACUUCGAUAUACGAUAUCAGGAAGUUGUUGAAGGGGAUGAUGGCGAGUUGGAAGGGGAGAUGGGGUGUCAACUGCCUAGAGCCAUUGGCUUCUUGGAGGCAUGGAGAUUGCCUGGUGUUGCGCCAUAUGUAUUCUGCCUAUUCUUCUCCAAGCUUGUUGCUUAUACCUUCCUCUACUGGCUGCCAUUCUAUAUUCGGAACAACGGGGAGCCGGCUGCUAUGGACAAUGGUGGACCAUCAAAGUUCCCCACUCCCUUGUGUCGUUCCCUUUCUCCAACCAGGUCACUUGUUCUUCAGCAGGUUGGUACAGUUAUUCUUUGCACUGGUAGUACUCAGCGGGUUGUUCUUCAGCAGAUUGUUCAGCAAAUCGAGGAAGAGCAGCGGCGCAACAGGUCGAGGAGGAGCAAACAGAGUAACAGGGCGAGCAGCAGCGCAGAGGAGCUAUUAUCCAUAAAAUCUGUGAGAAACAGCAAGCAGCAGCUACAAAUUCACUUUCAGCAGUAG